ACGAGGACAAUAACAGCCGUGGAAUAGAGCAGUACCAAUCCAUGGAUACAGAGUGUAAGCUAAUAAUUCUGAUACAGUCUUUUAUUAAUUUGGUUCAGUUUAAUCACUCAUGAGUUUUGAAUUUAUAAACAGGUGAGAUGGAGCACAGCUGGAGAAGAGAGCUGAAUGGAUCAGGGUCAGGCACUGUUUCUUCUCAGGGACAAGAUGACUGUAAUGACAUAAAUGGGUACAAACAACUGGAAAUGCCAACUAUAGUUAGGUGGCGGCCAAAAGAUUUCCCUCAUCUAAAAGUACAAAUGUGGGUGAAGGACAUUCAACCAUUUCAAACUGAGUUCAAACCCAACGAAUUGAAAAUGGCAACAAAAGGGUUUAGUCAAUUAAUUGGAAAAGGGAGUUCCGCGUCUGUUUUUUCUGGAAUUCUGUCUGAUGGAAGACGAGUGGCAGUAAAGAUCAUGAGAACUGGUCUAGACGAAAGAGUGUGGAUGAACGAGCUGAGCAUUCUAAGCAAGCUACGCCAUCGAAACAUCAUGGAGUUGGUGGGAUAUUGCUUUGAACAAGAUUUGAUGUUAGUGUUCGACUCUUCGAGUAUAUGUCACGAGACCUGCACAGCGUUAUUUGUGGAGAAGAUGACAUGAUUAUUGACUGGCCAACAAGACAAAAUAUUAUAUUGGACAUAAUAAGGGGAGUCUCAUAUCUUCAAGAGGGUGCAAAUGAGUGUAUAGCACACAGAGACAUUAAACCCACGAACAUUCUUCUGGAUGAAAAUUUGAAUGCCAAGAUUGGUGAUUUUGGCCUUGCUCGAAUACUGCAACCUGGUGAUGCCAAAUAUGCCAACAAGGAGAUUUCAACAGAUGGAAGGGUUUUUCUUAAGGAUAUAUAUAAUUUUCCAAGCUAUGAAACGUGUUCUAUAUUCGGAACAUGCGGUUAUGUAGAUCCCGAGUCUCGUCAAACUUUAAUUGUUACUCUGAAGACAGACAUAUACAGCUUUGGAGUGCUGCUGUUAAAUGUCGUAUCCGGCAGACCAGCUAUGGGCAUUGAAGUUACUUGGAGAGGAUCGCCUUACUGAGCUAAUAGACCCUCGAUUACUCGACAGAGAGGGUUUAAUUAAUUCAAGCACAAUAUUAAGAACAAUCAAAAUAGCUCUUUCUUGCAUUGAAUUCGAUUCUGAAAGGCGCCCAUCAGUUUCACAAGUGUUAAAGAUGCUCUCCUCAGAAGAAGAAAUUUCAAUUCCCACCUCACCACUCCUCAAAAGAUGAGAUUUCCAUUUGCAAUUCAUCUUGAUCUAGGAACUCUUCUAUUACUGAAUCCUCUAUAGCUGACUACCAUUCCUCAGAAGAGGAGAUUCCUAUUGCCUCCCCCACCAGUUAAAUCCGCUGUUGCUAAUGACAAUUCCUUAGUUACGAAAAAUGAAGGAUCGGAUAGGAAAUGGUCAGGUGCAUCUCUUAUAACAUUAAGAAUUCUGUGUAUUUUUUCACUUGUAAGCUUCAUUUGCCUUUUUAGAAUCUUUACAAAUGUAUCUCCUCUGUAAUCCAGUUUUCAAUGAAGUGGGCACAUUGCAAAGAUUUAAAUAGAGAUUCGCUUA